AUGGGAAUCUUGGGCUUUGCGCCUAUUCAUCUACAUGAGCAAGUCAAUGACAAAAUACUACAUUUCUCUAUCUUUUUCAUAUUGGCAGUUUUCCUCUACUUUUUAUGGAAUCUCUCAGUGAAGCGAAAUCUGAUAUUAGCUACCAGUAUCUUACUCGUGCUAGCAAUAGGCAGUGAAUUCAUACAAGGACUACUACCAUAUCGCAGUUUUGAUGGCUAUGAUAUCCUUGCUAACUUAGUGGGUGGUACAUCUGGAAUUGCAAUUUCUUCGUUGAUCGAUUGUUUGAUUGAUAGACACCGAGAAAACAAGAGACGAUUUGGUGGAAAACGAGAAGCAGAAUAUCAAAGCGCUUUGAUGGAAUUCACUGAUGAGGAUGACGAUGAUGAAGAAUAUGGCAACAGCUACAAACUAGCAAGUCGAGCUUAA